UGCACCCUGAACACGCAAUUUGCUUCAAAGCCAAAACACAGAGAGAAAAGCAAACAAAACAUAUAAUACACGGACACCAAUAGUAAUUCGUAGUAUUGUUUUAUUUGCCGACUUCUUCAUUUUCUAGACACCGCCGUGAUAAACCAGCCCCACGCACUCUUCGGACCAUGGUCGUGUUGCUGCAGCGCCCCCUCGCGGCGGUGGCCGGUCUGCUCUGGUACUGCUUGACGGGGGUCCUGUCCAUCCCAGACCCCCGGCAGAGAGAGGCCCUGAUGAAGCUGGAGGCCUCCAUGCAGACAGGUGGUCAGAUGAUCUUGACCGAUGCUGAGAAACAGUUGGAUGCUCUUCUGUUUAAAAUGAAACAGGAGGAGAUAAUGAGAGCAGACUUUCCUCCCGCCAUGCACUUCUUCAAGGCCAGGACCCUCAUCCAGACCAGUCCCAUCUUCAGCCUGCUCCAGAAGAUGCCUAAAGGGGGAGCCCUCCAUGUCCAUGACCUCUCCACGACUAGCAUCGAGUGGCUGGUGAAGAACGUGACCUAUCGGCCGCACUGCUACAUGUGCUGCACUGACAGCCGGUCCAUCCGAUUCGUCUUCUCGUCCCAGUGGCCCAAAGCUCUGCCAUAUUGCUCCCCCUGGAUCCUGCUGGAAAACCUCAGGGCCAAGCUGGUCAACACCACAGAUCUAGACAACAGCAUCAUGGGAAACCUGACAAUCUUCACAGAUCAGGAUCCAGAAACCGUGUACCCCAAUCAGGAGGUGAUAUGGGACACGUUUGAACAGGCCUUCCUUGCAAUGUGGGGUCUGGUCACAUACGCUCCUGUGUUCAGAGACUACUACUACCAAGGCCUCACCGAGUUUUACACAGACAACGUCAUGUAUCUGGAACUAAGGGCUUUACUACCAGAGUUAUACGAGUUGGAUGGCAGCAUUCACAACAGAGCCUGGACUCUGAAGACCUACCAGGAUAUCACCAGAGACUUCACAGCAGAGCAUCCAGACUUCUUUGGAGCAAGGAUCAUCUUCUCAGUGCAUAGGGCAGUAAAUGCAUCUGUGAUGACUGGUAUUGUGGAGGAGGCUAUGAAGCUACAGAGGGACUUCCCAGAUAUCAUGGCUGGUUUUGACAUGGUGGGCCGCGAGGACAGUGGCAGACCCCUGUGGUACUUCAGAGAUGCUCUGUCACUGCCAGCAGAGCAUGGCGUGACACUUCCAUUCUUUUUCCAUGCUGGAGAGACUGAUCUCGAGGGCACAGAGGUGGACCAGAACCUGUUGGAUGCACUUUUGUUUAACACUUCUCGUAUUGGCCAUGGAUUUGCUCUGCCUCGCCACCCAGUGGCCAAAGGUCUUUCCAGGAAGAGAGGGGUGGCUGUGGAAGUGUGCCUCAUCUCCAACCAGGUGAUGCAGCUUGUAAAAGAUCUACGAAACCACCCGGCAGCUACACUGAUGUCAGAGAACCACCCACUGGUCAUCAGUUCUGAUGACCCUGCCAUGUUCGGUUCCUCUGGACUCUCUUAUGACUUCUAUGAAGCUUUUGUGGGCCUUGGUGGGAUCAGAUCCAAUAUAGGCUCCCUCAAAGAGCUGGCCAUAAACUCUAUUAGAUAUAGUUCUUUGACUCUGAAGCAGCAGGAGAAAGCCCUGGCUCUGUGGCAGAAAAAAUGGGAUAAGUUUGUUUCUGAAAAUGCUCUUUAGACAGAAACUUGCAUUUUAUCUUCAAUUGCUUUCAUGCUUCCUGUGAGAGAGGAAUGAAUGGUAAAUUCUAAAUGGGAAUGUGAAAAGUGUUUUUCCUGCUACAACUUGUAUCUGCUGUGAAGAAAGGCCUGUUCCAUGUUGCCAUAGAGUGAGAUUGGCUCUAUACAGUUUAUAAGCCAGCACAAAACAGACCAGAGCUAUGUCGCAUAAAAUUUAGGAUAAUUACUUGAACUGCACAUAUGAAUCCAUGUUAUGUCUAUUUCUACUAAGCUUUUGUAAUGUAUUUGCACAAGAUUUAGGCUUGCCUGUGGUUUUGGGAAUGUGCCAGAUGAUUUGUCUUUGGAGUGUGUUUGUGGUUUGCUUGUGCUUUGUAAGAGUGGAGCAAGUUGCUCGUUAAAAUCAAUGUGUAAAUUUUAUGUUUUUUGAUUUUUAGCUGUCAUGGAUAUAUAAAGGCAUGGUUAAUCUUUACUCAUGCAGGCACAUUUUUUGUGACUUAUGACAAAACUCACAAAGAAAUAAAGCAAGUAUAUCUGC